UUCUGCUGAGAAUGCUAAGAGCAGCCACUGAAGUACGUUACGAGAUACCCAGGCCCCGGUAUAAAGCUACCUGAAUGGUUAUCAGCUUCUCCCACUUCACCCACUCGUUGUUCUCCUGCAACAUAUCAAUCUGGAUCUUCUGGCUAUCUGGAAUGGAUCAGUUUGGCGAUUUUCACCGCGAGGACACAAGGGAGCACAACAGAGUGACGACCUCAUCAACGUCUUCUGGUCCUGGUACAACUCUCCGAGCUUCACCAGGACGGUUUCCUAGUGGCAGAGCUCAGCCCUCUUUUCCUCUACAGAGGCAUGACCGCUAGGAUUUCCUUGAUUGUGCCUGGUUCAGCAGUUCCUCCUUCGUCGGCAUAGUGUUGCUUGAGCGGUGUAGAGAGGCUCAGUGGACGGGAGGCACGCGAGGUGACGCGUCAAGAGUAAGGCACGUGGCGUGCUCCAGCCCUUUGUUUGAACCAGUCCUCCGUAAAUGCCAGCUGCAAUUCCAUUUCCGCUCUCCGUAGAACUGGCGACCUGAGGGCCUCCUCCCUGCUAAGCCCGUUGUUCUUCGUAAGUUGCUAGAGGUGCUUGACAGACUGGUCGCACAAGUAAGCUGCAGGUUGUGGCGGUCAGUCCUAGCACAUGUCAGUACUAGCAAUAA